AUGUCAACUUUGGACGUAGCCUUUGGGCUUGCAGUCCCCCUAACUGCAAUAGCUAUGGGAGUAUGUUGGGAUAAAGCUCAUGAUUGUUCAAGUGAAAGAAGCAUCGUCACGAUUUUCAAAAUUUACUCAGUCGCCUUUCUCGGUGGCGUUUCAUUAAUCUUGAUGACUCUUCAUAAUUGUGCUGCAGUUACUACUGCUAAGAGGAUUGGACCGGAAUUGAGUCCAAUGUCAAAGCGUCUAUCAGAAAUACCCCUACCAUUCUUCAUUGCGUGUGCACAAUUAUCAGUUAAUUUUACUUUCUUACAAUUCAUCUACAAGCGAACUAAAAGUAAAGUGACUGCAAGUCUUGGUGGUGGACUUAGUUUGAUUAGCUUUUUAGCUGGAUUUGCUCUUACCAUCAUCAAUGUUGUCAAACAAAACGAACGGAUGGCUAAAAGGGCAGCUGGAAGAAGAGUUAAUUUCUCUUCAAUAGCUGUUUAUGAUGACUUUUUUAGAGUGACUUGGUUAUUUUCUGCCUUGUUGGUCAAUGCAUGGGUUUGUGGAAUGACAUGUCUUUAUCGGUUCAAGUUUGAUGGAAGUGGUACUCAUCUCAUAGGUGAAAGAAGCAAGUGGUUAACAAAUGCCGGUUUGAUUUUGUUUGAAACUUCAUUGUUAAACUUUAUCUUAUCAUUCAUACUAGCACUCAUCUCAACUAAAGCUCCACACCGUGAAACCUUACCUGGAGACUCAUCAGUACUAGGUGCCUACAUUUUCUUCAAGUUGAUCUUGAUUCCUUCCCUGAUCAUCACAAUUACUUGGACUCUUGAGAAAAAGCUUCCCUUGGCUCCAUCCCAAUCAUCUGAAUUCAAAAUCGAAUUUAAUCCGAUCCAGUGGUCUGAUAAACCAUUGGCACCAGCUCAAAAACCAUCUAUCACCUCAUCACAAUCCAAGAAAGCUCGACACAUUUCAGUUCAUACUACCACUAGUCAAACAAUAUGGGGUUGA